CGCCUGUCGAGUGAGGGUGUGUGAAUUUUCGCGCCGAAACAUCGCGCCAAAAUUACGACAUUGUGUUCAAAACUUUUACGAAUAUAACAUCUCAUGUGUACUAACGUUUUAAUUGUUUAAUUCAUUGAAUCGUUUAAAGUGAAGUGUUUUUUUUUAAUAUAUUUAAAUGGGAAGUGAUUAAAUGUGAUUUUCGUGUAAAAUGCAAGUUGCAUAAGUGAACUUUGAAAGCUGAAUUCUUGAAAGAUCAGCAAUGGAGUUGAAGUCUCCGAAAGCGAAAAAAAAGUCACCAAUAGCGUGGAAGAAAAUGCUCCGGUCGCCAGCUCUACUCCUCCUCCUGCUAGGUUCGAUAAACUGUGACAUUGACAGCGAUUUGAAUUUAGAACAUUCGAACUCUAGCCAAAGUGAUUUGAAAUUUAGGCAUAGACACGAAGUGAGUAACGACAGUUUCAUAGACAAGAAAGUUUUGAGUGAAAUAAAGUAUUUGAGGCGGCAUUUAAAUAAGGAGAUAAUUAAUUUCGUAAUGACAGAUGUUUUGAUUGAUGGUGAGAUUGAAAAUCGAGUGCAUUUUAAUGGUGUGACAGCUAAGGAGACCUUCGUUGGUGUUAAUGGAAGCGGGUUGAAGCUCCGACAACUCACCGAUGGCCGCCAUCUUAUACAAAUUAUAUACACACCAAACGGCGCAAUACAAGACUGCGAAUACAUAAGAGAACCGAAAUCAGCUAGAAAUUUUCUAAAAACAUUAAGAAAAGAAUUAAAACUGGCGUUAGAUGAAGAAACUUACAGGAUAACAGAUAAACGAUUGAACACAUUCGAAAAUGAAAAAUUUUACCGCCAUUUCGGCAACGUCACGUUUAGAAUCCUAAAAGAUGGCGAGAAGUUGCCGCCAGAUGUCGCUGAUUGGUUAAAUUACGACAGAUUAAAAAAUGAAUGUUUCGAAAGACACGAAGAAUUGACAUAUAUGAUGGAGAAUAGGAAUAAAUUAAGCGACGCUACUCUUUCGAGAAAAAAACGCGACGCUAUGGAAUUGCUCCGCGUACCCGGAACUAAAUGGUGCGGGAAAGGUUACUCAGCGACACGGUAUUCCCAGCUCGGUGGUCACACGAGGACAGAUAGAUGCUGCAGAGUUCACGAUCUAAGAUGCCCCUUCUGGAUAGGCGGCAUGGAGAAGAAAUUCGGGCUUUAUAAUUGGCGCGUAAACACGCUUAUGCACUGCAGGUGUGAUGAGAGAUUUCGCGCGUGUCUUAAACUGGCGGAUACGUCAGUGUCAAACAUGGUUGGUAAGCUGUUCUUCAACAUCGUCCAGACAAAAUGUUUCAUACUGAAACCGGUCAAGAUGUGCACGCAGCGAUCAUGGUGGGGCAAAUGUCUGCGGAGGGGUUACAUGAAGCAAGCGUUCUUAAGAGAUAAUCUCCCUUAUUAAAAAAAAUAAAACAUUUAAGUAACAAAUAAACUGUCAAAGCAAUAUUGUUGAAACAUAACUUGCAAAAUUAAUAAGAACAUAUUUAUUUUACUCUGUCAACAUUGCUGUCAUAAAUAUUCAAACUGGCAUCAUUAUUUUUCAUUUAAAUAGCAUAACAUUAUUACAAUCGAUCCUAAGUGAUAAUUGGAAUUAAUUUGCAAAAUAAUUAGUUAUAAAAAAGUUAUAAUAAUUUUUAGUAUUCUUUUAUUAAAUUUAAAAAGACCUUUUACAAAAUGAAAAAGGUAGUCAUUUAUAAAAAUAUAAUUAUUUCAUUUUUAUUAUUUAUUAUAUAGGCAUAGAAUACUCGUUUCGUUCCUAUUUGAACAUAAUUUAUUCAUAAUAGUUAAUAACGCCUCUGCAAAAUAACAGAUUAAAAAUAAAAUUGGAGUGGCUUUUUAGCUGAUAUAUACAGCCUAUAAGAUUUAAAAAUAUUUUCUCGAAAAUGAUGAAUCUAAAUUCUCAAUUUGAAAUAUCUGACAACCGUUUGAAGAUAUUUAUAAUUCACGCAUAAUAUGUUAACGAAUAGUUAAACUAUAUCGUUCGGAUUAUUUUAUUACGAAAAUAAUAAUCUUUGCCAUUUUUUACAAAAAAAAAGUUGCCUAAACUCGGUCCUGUGUCCUGAGCGUUUAGUGGUUUUCUGACCAUCUAUUUAAACCAAGUCAAUCCCAUAAUCAUUUGGAACAUUUUGAAAUUAAAACGAUUAGUUUCGAUUAAACUUUAACACUGUAGAUAUUAUUUUCUGACAUAACUUUAUCUGGUUCAUUUCAACUUUAUUUGGUCAUUGAUACGCAUAUUGCAAUGCAGUGUUCUUCCAAACUUAAUCUUUAAUACAUUUAUUUUCUAUGUAUUUUCAAUAUGCAAAUUUGCUCUAAAAUCUGGCAACACUGCUUAUGUAUUUAUAAACAAGGGAAAAACUACAAUAAAUAAUUAAUAUCAAUGGCUACUUUUGAGAUUAAAAGUAAAAAAGUCACUUUAAAAUUCAGAAUAUUUUUUUUAAUAAUUUAAAUAAUAUUCAUAUUUCUAAACCCCACUGCCAUUGAGUUCUAGAUAAAAAAUAUAUUCUAAAUUAUUAUACAUAGCACUGUACAUAAUGUAAGUAACAGAUUAUAUAGAAUGGAUGAUUUAUUUAUUAUCUACAAUUGUAUUCGAUUAAAUUAUACUAAUCUAAUUAAGUUUGUAAAUUAUCUUCAGUAAAUAAAUCAACGUUUGUUUUAAACGGCUGUUUUUAAUUGAUAUAAAAAUGGCGCUGAGUAAUGAAAUUAAUAAUUUUAACAACUUUUAAGAAUAUGUCGAAUAUUUAAUAUGAUAGUCAAUUUGAUAUUUAAAUAGCAGUAGAAAUGGAUGUUGCUAACCUUUUAAAAUUUCUCGUAAAAAAUUCAGUAGUUUUGUAUUAGUAAUUCUGCUCUAUACUAGAUGGCGUUAGUAGUACUUAGAUUUGCCAGUUUUUAAUUAAGUUUAGUGGGUUACUGUAGAGCUUAGAAUAAAAUAAAACGUUUGGCAAAUGUUUUUUAAAAAUUUAAAGCAUGAGUAAUUUUUUUUUUCAAGUUGUCACAUAUUUGUAUUAAAUAGAAUAAGUAGUAUAUUCCAGUUGAGUUCAAUAGCGAUCAUGAACUUAAAACAAAAAUGUCGUCCGAUUUAAUAAAAAAUAAUUAGUAUAAGGUUAGUUGUUACUGCGCGAAGUUCCUGUAUUUGACAAUAUUUGUGUAGUAUAUAUGUGAUUGUGUAUUUUAAGAAUAAUUAAAUAUUUAUUAAUAAGUACAUAAUUAUUUUAUUUUUUUAAUAUAUUUGAAAUAUCAUUUAUAAUCUGUCGUUAUUUUUUAUUUGUAUCUUCACGGUGGUUUAAAAUAAGGUUGAGGUUUUAUUUCGUAAUGGAAUCUGUGCUUAGUACUCUUUGUAGGUAUUCGAUUUUCCUCUAAAAUUUCAACAAUCUAAAGAAAGCAGAAAUAAAAUAUUUAGAAAUUGA